AUGGACUCCGGUACCAGCCGAGUGUCUAGCCGACCUUCCUCCCCCGAAGUGCACGAUAUGUUCCUGCAUGCGAUGAAGAAGCAUAUGGUAGGCUUCUCCGGUACUGUCUCGUCCACACAGAGCGACUCUCCACCGGAGAUACCGGCGGACAUGCGGAGCCUCUCUGACGAUGAUGAUGAUAUCACUCUGAAAAUGCUGUCAAAGAAGGACCGUAAACUGCUUUCGGAGAACGAGCUGCAGGGGAUGCGACUGAAAAUCAACAGCCGUGAGCGGAAGAGGAUGCACGACCUUAACAUCGCCAUGGACGGUCUCCGGGAGGUUAUGCCUUACGCGCACGGGCCCUCGGUGCGCAAGCUUUCCAAAAUCGCCACUCUCCUCCUGGCGAGAAACUACAUCUUGAUGUUGAGCAACUCGCUGGAGGAGAUGAAGAGACUGGUCAGUGAGAUCUAUGGCAGCGGACACCACAGCAGCUUCCACCCCUCCGCCUGUGGGACCAUGGCGCACACUGGGCCACUGCCCGGCCAUCCGACUGUUUCUCACGCCUCCCACCCGGUGCACCACCCACUUCUUCCCCCGGCGGUCUCCACCGCAGCCUCUCUCUCAGCAACGGGUCUUACCUCGAUCAGACCCCACCAUGGACUCCUGAAGGCGCCCUCGGCCGGCCCGGGCCCCCUGGGCAGCAGCUUCCAUCACUGGGGCGCAGGGAUGCCCUGUCCGUGCAGCAUGUGCCAGGUGCCACCUCCACAUGUGUCCGGCAUGAGCGCUGUCACCAUGUCCAGGCUGACGAGUGACUCCAAAUGA